GCCAUGCCGGGUCUGCGUCUGCGUCUGCAUCUGCGUCUGCUGCUGCGCCUUUUUAGUUUAUAUGAGAGUACCUUUACCAAAGAGCACAAUCAAUGCAGACAUACGCAUUAUUCACAGGUUGACAUCUAUGGUGACAAUGAAAAAAGAAAAGAGGACAAAAGAAAAGCAUGUGGUUUUUACUUUCAAAUGCUGUUUUGUGAUUCGUCAAAUGAUAUCCUAACAAUGAACAAGUAAAUGACAUACGCCAGGCCUUGUUUACUUGCCCCAAUUUAAAACAACAACAAAAUAGCUGCUAAUAUGACUUGUACAUGUACGUGUUACUCGCACCCGUACCCUCUGCAUUUGAAUUCAUGAUUUUACUGUGUUUAUUU